UCAGAAUGUUCCAAAAUGAGAAUUCGCGCUCUAUCUACUUCAUACUUUAGUUUAAUUAAUAAGUAUUUGGUAUUCACCUAGCACCCUUUGAUGCUGGGUAUAGCACUUGCCGGUACAAAUCAGCUGUUCGAUAACACCUUUUGAUUUUUUUCGUAACUCAACCAUUCUCGUUGCAAAUCUGUUUGUUCUUUAGUGCAUUUAAAUAAAAUGUUUAGUUUAAAAUUUUUUCACCAAAACCGAAAUUUUGUUAAAAUUUCAACGUCACUACAAAUAGCAUGCUCUACAACGAGGAAAUCAAGCGCCUUUAAGCGUCCACAAUUAAGUGUGCCGCAUACAGAUCACUUGCAAACAUUGAAAACGGAUCUGUUUCAGCAACGAAGUGAAUUAAGCCCUAGUGAAUGGAAGGAAUUGCGUACAAGUCUAAUUUCCAAAUAUAAACACGUGAGCGAAAGCAAUGUAGAUGCUAUGAUUCUUGGUUUGUGUGGAUGUGUGGAGCAACUCCCACUGGCCAAGAACUAUGUGCAUUAUUUACGCGGUUGUGGACUGGAGCCAAAUCUUGCUUCUAUAGGACGUUUGCUGCGUAUUUACAAUGCGUUCUACCAUGCGAGUGGAGGAAACGAUUCUGCACUAUCGACAGAAGAACAGCAGGAUAUUUUAAAUGUUUAUGGUAAAAUAAGAGAGCGAUAUGAGAUCUUGGAUGCUACAACUUGUAAAAAUUUAAUUUAUGGUUUGGUAUGCACAAAGGAAUGGCGUACCGGUUUAGAUUUACUUAGAAUGGCGCAACUCACAAGUAAACCAAGCAUCGGUGCGCUUACUGAGCUAACAGUAAAAGCUUUCAUUGAAGGUGAAUUGGAGAUCGGUUGGAAUUUGCUGGAAGAAACUGUAAUAAAAGGCAAAGAACCUAAAUGCGAAUCUUAUUUAGCAUAUUUAAAGUUUAUAGCAAAUGAGCCUGUGACAUUGCAAUGCAGUUUAGAAAAAUUGUAUUCAUUUUUGGAAAGGCAUGAAUUAGUUAUAACUGCCAAAGUAGCACAAUAUAUAAUACAAUUGUUACAAAAAAAUUCAUUUAACGCCAAAUCAACGCAAAUAGACUCACGUGGUAUAUGCCAACACUGUGGAUUACACCUCAGAGAUAUUUCCGUCAGCGACGCAGAGUAUGCUAAACUUAGCAAUUCCUUUAUAAAUAAGGUACUCAUACGCAACGAUAUCUUCCAGAAAUCCACGCCCGAAGAAGUAGAACGCUUCAAGCGUUUUGUUACGAAAACUGCACCUUACGAUUGCGUCAUCGAUGGUCUCAACGUAGCUUACUCUAUGGGCCCAAAGCGACCACCAGCAGCGUUAGCCACAUUGCUGGUAAAUGUUGUGAAGCAUUUCAAAAGUCAAGGUAAAUAUGUGCUUGUACUCGGACGCAAGCAUAUGAACAGUUGGCCAAAAGAUGCACUGAUGUAUAUACGUAAAAAUGCCAGUCUCUUUCUCGCAAAUAAUCUCUCGCAAGAUGAUCCUUUUUUACUGUACGCUACUUUAAAAAGUGGCCAGUCAACUGAUUUUUUCUCACGUGAUUUGAUGCGUUCACAUGCAUUUCUAUUAGGAAACGAUUUACGUAUAAUAUUUCGGCGCUGGCAACAGGAACAUCAAUACGCCCUAAUAACACAAACAAAAGAUGGCAGAAUAAUCGUCAAGGAACCAACUCGUCAUUUACUAUACACACAUAAAGUACAGGAUACUUGGCAUGUACCUUAUAAAUCCAGCUAUUCACCGAAUCCCUCCGAAACAUUUGAAGUACCUGAAAGUUGGCUAUGCAUAAAAUUUUGAAUAAAUAAAACUGUUUUA